AUGAGAGAGGAAGACCGCAUUGAGCGAGGCCCGGUGUCCUGUGGAAAGAGCCCGGGGAAUUGGGCCCAAAGAAAGGAGCGGAAAGAGAGUCAGGUUGGUAGCGUACCUAAGGCAGGCACGGAGAGUCUGGAGAGCCCUGGAGGCUUUAUGCGUACGUUUGGAAAGACUUUGGGGGCUCUGCCACUCUGGAGGGGUGCCUCUCUCAGCCGCAGAGCACAGCCGCAAUACCUGACGCUACCCCGGGAUGAUUCACGUGAGCCGGCCAUUCCAGGGCUAGCUCGCCGCAGAUGGGGAUUGGUUGAGACGCCCCUCGACCGUGACUGGCCAGAGCGUGGCUCACCAGCCCAGUGUGUCCCUGCCCAGUGCCCAUGGAACCUGGCAGGAAGUCAACCACUCAAGUCGGCUCCCGUCCAGUCCAGUCGCCCAGAGCCCCUUCCUCAAUUUCCAUCCAUCACCUUUUCGUCUCAUCCAUUUCUCAACUUCACAAAACUCUCGCACUACCUUUGCAAAACCGCCCACACCCGCCUCUAUUUACCCUUCGUCACGCUCUCUUCCCCUGCUCCGAUCCAACUCGAGUUUCGACACGGGAAUCUUCCAUUGACAACUUAUCCAUCGUUCCACUCGAACAUCCCCGCCAACCUCAAAACAUCGCACCAAGGUACGUGGUCCCCUCCCCCCAUCCCCCCGUGCCCCCUCUGUCGUCAUCGCAUCCCUCGCCGCAAUCUCCUUCCACCGAUUCCCAACAACCGACUGUCACCGAUUUGCGUCGACCGCUUCACGAAGCUGCCAUCCGGCCAUCUUUCUGCAUCGAUUGAGAGCUUCACCGACACUGCGCGCCCUAUCUUGAUCGGUCAGGCGCAAAACCCCACCAGGAGCGGGGGGCCGAAGCCAAGUCAUGAAGUCAGCGAGGCGCAUACGCUGCAACUCGUUCUUCUCUCGUUGAAUUCACCCCGUCGCUCUUGCGAAUUCAAUUUGCGCUUCUAUUUGCCAACCAGUCCAAAAUUCACAUUCAUAAUACACUUAGAACGCAAUUUUGGCUUCAUCUCCUGA